UAUAAUCAAGUUGCAUAUAGAGUAUGCAUUUUAACUUUACAAUAAACAAAAAAAGACUGAAUCCUCUUCGAUGGGUAAAGUUUAGGCGUAUCUUGUAUAAUAAACGAAAGUUUUAAGCCAAUAAACGAAAGUUUUAAGCCAAUAUUGCAUGACGGCUCUUUUAAUCUUGACUAAAUAUUUUUUUUCUUCUUUUUAUCGAUUCCUUGGGUAUCUCUAUGCUGUUAAUAAAUAUAAAAUUAAUCCCUGUUUGAGGGUGCAAGUUGGAACUAAUUCUAUAUAAGGAAGAGAGCUAAUCCAAUAAAUCAGUACCAGUUAUAGAGAGAUAUCCUUACCUUUCUAGUGAGAAAAAUGGAGAGGCAUGAUGUUCAGGAACAAACUCCAGCUGCUUCUGAUAUUCUCUCUCCGAGAUGGAGCACUGACAGUGCUUAUGAGAAAGAAACACGAGGUGUGGAAAAGAAGCUCCGGUUAUUCGGCUUCGAGGUGGAUCCCUAUACAAAUAAUGGAAGAUGUUUGAAAGGGUCUGAAGAAAGAGAUGAAAGUGUUAACUCUUCAAGCGGGAUCUUAUUUCGAAGGGAGAAACCUGCAAAAGAAAAAAGCUCAAUAGUGGAUGACAAGAAGUACGAGUGUCAAUUUUGUUUGAAGGAGUUUGGGAAUUCGCAAGCACUGGGGGGUCAUCAGAAUGCCCACAAAAAAGAGAGACUGAAGAAAAGAAAGUUACAGCUUCAAGCAAGAAAAGCAAGCAUCAAUCAUUACCUUCAACCAUUUCAAGGUCCCCAUGGUUUCGGCUUCUACAGUUCACCAGCCUUUUACGACCACUCUUCGUAUGUUCCAGAAUUCACGUCCUUCGGAGAGUCUCAGAUUAGCUUCAACCACUACGAUCAAAAUGCAUUCAUGAACGGCUACCUGAAUGGUCCCCUUGUCUCGAAGUCAUACCCUGUGCCUUCUCAUGUUCCUGUGCAACAAGACAACUGUAAGUUUAACCUCAUACGAUCACAUGGAUCUCAUGAGAACAAACCAGCUGUCAUCAGGCCUUCCCCUAUACCUGUUCCCAAACAAAGCUGCAAAAGCUUGGAUCUUCAGUUAGGGCUCAAUGCGCAGUCCAACCGGUCUAGAAGUGGAAUAUGACAAAAUUCAGCAAACAUACAUACAGUUCAUCUUCAUUAGAGUUCUACAUCCUUAACACUUCUCAAUUUCAACGAUGUGAUAGAGGCGGGACCUAGAAAGCAGAACCAGUGCACUGCAUCAGAACCACUGUCAAUACAUUCACAAUAUUGCGGAACAGAUAUCUUUCCCUAACGCAGUACCUUGGCUUUAUUUCAAGUGAUCAUGGAAGCUGCAAGUCCUUCAGCUCGGCCAAAUGGUUAUCUGCAGUUAUGCUUAUGCCACUAGCUUCUGGGGACGCAGAAGGGUGGCAGGUUUGCAAGUUAGCUGGUACAUGUCAUAGUUAUAUAGGUUUGGUUAAUGAAUGUCCAUGUACAUGUUUGUUUGCCUAGCCAUGUGUUUCUAACAAUUAUGUAUUUCCACAGAUUAACACUCAUAGCUUUUUGUGUAUUUGAUGUUUUUGUAUGAAUUGAAAAUUCAUCACCCUUCAACAUGCUCAAUUAAUGAGAGAAGAUAAAAUACAAAAAAUUGGUGAAAUUCUAGGCUUUGGUUACUUCUUAGUAAAUCAGCAAGGGGAGCUCUUCCAUUAUCCUUAUCUGCUACUUUCAUUAAAAUAUUUUUUUUUCAAAAGCCCCA